AUGGCUAAAGCCGGAUCCUUCAUGAGGAUCCUCAGAGACACGGACGAGGUGCGCAGCAGAAUCCUUGUCAAAGGUGUCGAGAGCUUUGCGCGGAAGAAGCAGACGUACAAACAUCCUCAUGGGAUAAUUGGAGCUGGCCACAAUGGCUUGCGUCAGGCACUUGCCUUUGCAGAGCACAGGGAUACCAACUUCAUUCUCUUCGAUCGCCACAGCAGGAUUGGAGGGACAUCCUGGCUUGACCACGCGAACAAGUUUUCAAAGGUUCAAACUGAACUUGGAACGUAUCACUUGAACUUCUCCGACCAGUGCGAGUGCCCGAAGGGGAUGUCUCCUUGGCCAAGCAGGGACGAGCUUUUGAAGCACUUCGAGGAGGUGAGUGAUGAUUGGGGACUGCGCCCCCACUUCAGACUCAGUACGGAUGUGCUGAGGUACGCCGUUAUGAGCGAUGGAGACGAUCAGGUUUACAAGCUUUCUCUCAGGCGAGAUGUGGAGGAGUCCGAAGCAACAGUCUGCAGCUUAGUGAUGUACCCCGGCAACCUUACGAACCCGCGGAGAGAGGACUACAAGGGUGAAGACGUAUUUGGAGGUCCAAUUUCCUAUGGUAUGUUCGAUGAGACGGACUACGAUGUACUUUCUGGCAAGCGGGUGGCCAUUGUGGGCUUUGGUGCCUUUGCGGUGGAGAACAUUCGCACCUGCUGUGAGCAUCGCGUGGAUAAGAUCUUUCUCAUCUGCCGAAGGAAGAACUUGUGCAUGCCGCGGAUGGUCUCGUGGUGGAUCAACGGCUCUGCUUUUGCCGUUUCAGCCGCUGAUGUUCUCAACGAAAUGGAGGACGUGUACAAGAUGGUGGGAGAUGAUCCGUGGGGAUAUUACGCCGUGAUUGGCAACGAGUCCCGGACAAAUGUUGCAAUAUGUCAGAAGGCUCGUUUCGGCAUCGGGGACAUCUACUUUCUCUCCAGGUACUACGGAAAGACUGAGGUGGUCCAGGGAACGAUCAAGAAACUCAGUGAGAAAUCCAUCCACUUGGAGGAUGGCACCAAAGUCGCGGAUGUGCAGGCCAUUCUCAAGCUGUUCGGGUUUGAGCCGGAAUGGGCUGUGGACAAGUUCCUCCAACUGAAGCAUUUGUCGGGAAUCUGGGUCAAUGACGACUACAGGAUUGGCACAAUGUCUGAGUUUCCGACGGUGAACGCACAAAGAUUUGGGGGCACCUCUCUUUCCCCCUCGGCCGUGACAGUGUGCAACAUGUUCUACCACUUCUGGAAGUACCCAAAAGAUUUUGAAAAGAUGCUUGCUACCGGAAUGCUUCCAAAGCAUGUGCCAAAUCUUCACAAAGACGAGCCAGGCUACGUCCUUGACGCAAAGAUCGGGUCACAGACGCUGAUUGCCAUCACCACGUUGUGCCCACAGCUCGCAGAAGUGACUGCCAAGUAUGACGACAGCUUCAAACGCAAGAAGCAGUGGGGCACCCACUCCCUGGAGCAAAUUCAAGCAGUGGCAGCAGAAGAUUGGCUGCGGUAUUGUCAAAUAUUCAAAGAAGCGGGAGAUGAAAGGCCUUUUCCGCCGUAUCCAUAUUCGAAAGAGCGAGUGCAAAGGAUGGUCGAAAAGCAAGACCGGGAGGAGUACGAGCGAUUUGUCAAAAAGGGCUGGAUACAGUAA